AUGUCCGUCGACGAUACUAUCGCCACGUUUGCUCGUAUCUGCCAGGAAGUGUACCCAGUCGAGGGCAUGGACGCAGUCUCCCGGUCAGCAAAACUCCGCGGGGUACUGACUAGCAUCCUCAAGGAGCAUGACAUCGACCCGAACGUCCUGUUGAGUCAGGUUGGAGGGACCAAUAUCUGUCUGGGCUAUUCGUCUACCUCGAGCAUGGCGACUUGGAGGGCAUUCCGCAACUAUCCGAGCCGACAAUACUCCUAUGAACCCCCGCUCAUCGAUGCCAUCUGCGCCUGUUGGGCUAUCACGGGUCUCUUCCAAGCCAUUGCAGUCGGAAGCGAGGUGGAAAAGGAUGAUGCAAUCAGUGCGGAAGCCGCAUAUCCGAAUCCUACGGUUCAAGCGGUCCAAGAGGCCAGUGAAAUCUAUGGCGCGGACAAACAUGUUGGGCUGCUUUUAAGCCUUGGGUUUUCUCGCGAGCUCGAACGCCGCUUCGGGACGACUGGCGUCUACUAUCGUCUUAGCGUUGUGCCCAGUCUUGCCGCCGCAACCGAGAUGACACAGGAGAUCGUCGGUGUCAUAUCCGCUCACACCUCGGACUAUUUACAAAAUCCGGUGACGGAUCGACUGCUCGAUCAGGUGGCUAAAACGCGUUCUAGGGCCAGUCGCUUCACGCUAAGAAGCAUGUCGGAAACGACGGCUCCACCAAAGGUUUCGAUGGCCGGUCUCCCACCCCUCUCGCCUUACUUUGUCCAAAGAGAGGUGCCAAUGAAUCAUAUGGAUGUGGCUCUUCUCUGUUCCGAGGAAAAAAUGCGACAACGGCUAUCGAUUAUCACUGGAAUGGGAGGCUCGGGUAAGACGCAACUCGUAGUGGCCUGGGCAAGGCUGCACGCCGAAUGUUUCCAACAUAUUUUAUUUAUCGAUGCUUCGUCGGAUAGGAGCAUUGAGACGGAUCUUGUUGCCCGGCUCAAAGCCAUUGACCGCUCCUUCGAAGGAUCCGACCUGAGCAGUGCGCUCAAGGCUCUUUCUGAGCCAAAUGAAAUGAUCACUACCAGAUGGUGCCUCAUCUUCGACAACGCGGACGACUCGGAUCUGGAUAUAACUUCCUUCCUUCCGACAUGCGACCACGGCGCUAUCAUUAUUACAACUCGUAACGCCCAACUCGAAUUUAUCUCGCCGGAGGGCCACAUAGCCCUCGAAGUGAUGAACAAAAGCGAGGCAUGCGAUGCACUUUUGGCCUCCGCACUUGGGCCGACCGAGAAGCAUACUCCGCGCCAAAAAGAGCAAGCUAUGGCAAUUGUGAAGGAGUUCGAAUACCUUCCAAUCGCCGUUGUUCAAGCAGGAUGUUACAUUCGCAAGCACAAAUGCUUGGAGACAUACCUCAAGCGACUCGAGACGAGUCGUUCCGAGCUUUUGAAACAGACGACGGUUCAGCGGGACAAGCUGAGAUACAAACACAGCGUCUACGCAGCAUUUGACACUUCUCUGUCCUCGUUGUCCGAGCGUGCUCUUUGGCCUCCUUUCGAUCCUGUGUGCUUUCAUUAUACCGGAUUUCUCGAUCAAUGA